AUGGCUUCUGGCCCAAGAAACGCAGCCCCGACCCAAGUUGGGAGUUUCGAUUUUGUCCAUUACUGCCCUGCCUGGACAGAUCCGAACUGGCAGGAUGAAGGCCCUGAACGAGAUGCGAGUGUCUUUGACAUCAAAGACAGCGUUUUUGAUCGCCUACGCCCAGCUCUUCUGCCUCGAGACAACUUCGAGAAGCCAACUGUUUACGCUCAACGAUUCGGAAUUUUUCCUGGUCGAACCGAUGGUCGUUCGAGAACAUCGCCCACACGAGCUGAGAGUCGACAAAUCUUUCCUGCCAGCUCUGAUAUUCGAAAUGGAAAGGAACUAUUUGGACGCUUCGAAGAUCUGGCCAAAGCAGCAAACGAGCACGUCGACGAUUACAUGGAGAGAACAAGGCCAGAUAUGCAAAAGUUGGAUGAAACCGAACAACGAUUCAUGCAACAGUAUGAAAAUCUAGUCAUAGAUGAGAACUGGCAGACCAUCCUUUUCGGGAGCAUGACUAUGGAUGAAUUGCAAGCAGAAGGAUAUUUCUCGAUGUGCGAUACCAAGUUUGACAGCCUCGGGGGCCACAUCUCAGAGGUUUUUGAGCGUGAAAGAUGGGUCGACACCAGUUGCAAUGGCAGAACGGCUGACAAGCCUCGUUUGAUAUAUAAUCUCAAUGGGAGACGUGAAGAAUGGAACCCGAGGACCAACGACAGAGUUUGGGAUGCGAUGCAGCCGGCUAUUCAACUCGCAUCGCGGUUUAUUGCGGCGGACGACCCCUUUAUCUCAGGUCUUCUAGACAUUACAAACAGACUCUGGCUCGACCCCAGACUUUUCCAGAAUCAACCCGGACAAGACCGAGAUACGAAGAUUAGAUUCGUUCCAGACCUGGUCCCGAAUGAUCCGUCUAGACUCAACGGAGCGAAAGCUGUCAUUGACAGUGGUAUAAACCCCAGGGCAGCUACUUGGCAGGCCCUGCUUCAAACAAUCCAGAUCGAACUAGCUAGUGGUUUCAUUUGUGACGGAAAGCAACAAAGACAUCACUCCGCAGGCAAUACAGACUCGUGGAUCACAUACCAAUGGAAAUAUAACUUGAGGGUCGCAAUCGACUGUGAGUUGGUUUGGCCCUUGAUCAAUGAUGCGUACAGCAGCAGCGAAAAGUUGAAGGCCAGCCUGAUACUCGCAACUACCAUAGCCCACGAGAUGAUGCACGCAUUUGCCAGGAUUCCCUACAUGUGGUUAGUUGAUCCUGCAACAGUUGGAAUAGUUGGGCGGGACCAAGUCAGGGCCUGCAAUGAUCUCGUGCGCUCAAUGUACGAUCGCAGACACAAUGACCUCCAUGGUGAGCCUUAUUAUGAUGAAGACCCCCAUCAAGAGGUUGGUCAUGUUUUCGAAGAAACUGUCCUCGGAGGUGGCUAUUGGUCGUUUGCAUCAGACAUAUCUAUGCUGAAACCUGCACUGCUCCAGACGGCGGCUGGUCUUGUAGCUUUCACUCAAAAUUCUGAGGGUGACAGAAAUGAACCCCCUGUGCUGCAGUGCCCUUUGCUUCGAAAUGUAAGGCUCAACCACUAUAUUCGAACCGAAGAUGUUCAGAAAUAUUUCACACAGUCUUUCUGGGAUGUUGCGGUCCAGAAAUAUGGCACAGCUGCUCUAAGAGAACCAUCCAAAAAGCCACAUAAGCUCAACUACUACCCUGCUGAUGAAAAUUACAACAAGUACGACUUUGGAGAGAAUACCCUAGGCACUGAGGAAGACAUGGCCUGGGUACAAGACUUCAUGAGAGAGCUCGGCGAUAGAGGAAAUCUUGUGCUGUGGAGUUAUUUGAACAACUUGAUCAACGAAGCCUGCGAGUUUGAUUUGAUGAAUGCGCAAUUCGCCACUGACAUGAUGACUUGGACCCAUCGAGAUCAAAUCUGGAAACGUCUAAGUAGAGAAAUACUCACGAUACUCUGUGAGAUCUCGGCAUGCACAUAUCAACCAUCUCAAGAGCAGGCCAAAGAUGACGUCCUGGAUUCUCUGUACAACUUGUGGAAGGGUGCAAUCGCCCAACGAGGGGGGUAUCCUGACGCCCAAUCCGCUUCCCUGGACAACUUGUCUUCUGACCCAGAGACUUGGGCUCAAAACACCCGACAUAGCGGUCUUAAGGUCCACGAAAAGCGUCUGCUACCCAGCCUCAUGGACUUUACGCGCCGUAUAGAAAGGGAGCUCAUGCACAUCGAAAGCAUGGUAUGUGAACUAUACCAAUCAGGAACCUCAAGUUGGCCGCUCUACCGCUUUUACAGUAUGGGGCAUGAUAGAAAAUUGCCCUAUCGAGUUGAUACGAUGAUCGAAUACAUAACCGACUUGUUGAUUCCCAUCGGAAUUGCUGAUCGAGGAAUCAAGAGUAUUGAUGCAGAGUGGUUCAAUCGAAUAUGGAACCUAGGCCGAAGAGCCAAGGACGUUCGACGACUCUUAGAUUUGGAUACCCGGAACUACGAGCACAAUUGGCGCGACCUCUUGUUAUCGAUGCCUAUGUUGCGCAAGUCCAAACGCAAGCCCCAUCAGAGACUCUACUUUUUGGCAAAAAAGGAGAUGAUGAAACUCACAGGAGGCCAACUGGAAAAGAUGAAAGAGUUCAAAAUCCGGUUCCAGAGAGAACUCAGCCUUGGAAGUUACAAAGUGGUCAUCCCAGGAGGGGAUCCCAACGUACUGAGCAUCGCUCAGCGGUUAUCCGGAACACUGGAUGAUGACCGAGGCAGCAAUGACCAUGAGCAAAGCAUCAAAGGACCAUCUACAGGUAUUUUCGAUAUCGAUGCCGUGAAGAAUCUGGUUCAUCAGCUCAGAGAAGAAGAAAAUGACACACAAGCCGAUAUCAUCAACCGUAUCACGAAUCGCAAGCAAAGUGAAGUCCCAACCUUGCAGAAAACUGCAGCGGAACAAGCUGGAAUUGUACUUCCGAUUCCACCCAAAUUCCAGGAGGUGGGUUUCAACAACCAGGCAGUGCCGCUGAAUAGCGUGAAGGAGUUCAAAGCAAAUAAUUCUCCAUUCUCGGCUUUCUCCUCGGGAACUAGCUCCCCCUUUCCUCGAUCCCAACUCAAUCAAGCCCCUGCAUGGGCAGCAAACAGUACAGGAGACCUGGCUGCUUGGGUCAACCAUCGGCUCGCAGACGUACCACCUGUCGCACACGGUAUCACGCCUCAGCCAUAUGCACUUCGAGAGGACCUCACAGUGGAUCUUCAAAACAUGGCCCAAGCCAAGCUACCCAUGCGAAAUCCCGCCUCCUUCGCCAACGAGUAUCCUCGAGAAGUGGCACAAGAUCAAGACUCUCCUUUUGUGGCUGGUCCUCUUGGAGAUAUUGCCCAAGCUUGGGAAAAACAUUAUCAACCUGGGCAGAGCCCACCUCCUGCAGCAACUGGGCAUACACCUGUGGCUCAGUCUUCUAAAACACCAACUCGCAGAGAGAGCCAGGAUAUUGGCAUGACCGGGGGCUUAAGCCAAGGACGUAAAGCCACAGUUUUGUCGCAUUUUGAUCACAGCAGCAGUGGGACGGAUGUAUCAGACGAUGAAGAGCAACGGACGAGAGAGAGCAGCAGUAGCGGAACGACACUCAUUGGGUUGUCGGAUGUUGAGGAGGAGCUGCUUAGGAAGAUUGCAGCAUUCGAAAAGUCUGAGGCAAGAGAAAAGGGAUAUGAUUUGAAGCGAAGGUCAAGCUGGGCACAUCUUCUGUCCAAGAAGAAGAAACUAGAGAUACCUAAGGCCGGGAGACGUGUUCACAAAUCGAAGCCGAAGAAGCGCAGGGUGCCCAGAGUUUAG